GAUGAUUUUUAUACAAUUAUGGCAGCAAUAGAAGAAGGUAAAGCAAUAUUUCAUAAUAUACGAAAUUUUGUUCGAUUUCAAUUGAGCACGAGUAUUGCUGCAUUAAGUUUAAUAACACUUUCAACUGUUUUUCAUUUUCCUAAUCCAUUAAAUGCUAUGUAA